CUUCCGGGUUAGCUGCUGCCCCGGAAGUAGUUCUAGGCGGUUCUGUCAACAUUGGCUAGCCUGCUUAGAUAAACCUUACUCAAAAGCAUUGUAGCUAUAUUUAUUUACAAAUAUAUCUUCACUAUAAUUGGCGUAGAUUAUUUCCAUCCCGUGAUAACGUAGAUAUGGAACUAUUAAACCAGCCAGACGUGAAGUUACAAACGACAAGUUAAGCUAACAUUAUUAGCUAGCUAAGUACCGUUAGCUAGCUCAGUAUGCUAUGCUAACUUAGCCUGCUAUCUAUUUUUGCAAAACAGCUGUGAUUUCUCUUUGCAAAGCAACAUUUGAACUGAUUGCUUGCUACAGCCAGAGAACCACAUUUUCUCGGCUAUUUUUUUGUUGUCGCUUCGGCUCACACAAUGUAUGAGGAUUUUGAUGAACCCCAGGCAAACCUACUGGUUCCUGACUGUGUCCAUGGUGACCAGAGAACCAGCGGCCCAGAGAUGGUUCCUAGGAGCCUUGACUACUUCAGUGACUUUCUAAGAUUGAGAGGAGAGACAGGAGAGAGUUCCAGCCGUCACUCUGACAGUGAGGGGACAAGUUCAACCUCAGGGGAACCUGAACAACAGGAGGACAAUCACACAGACAAGAACACACACAGCUGCAGAGAGUGUGGAGAGGAGUUCCCUACCCAGCAUUAUCUAAGAAAACAUCGUAACACAACACACACAGGAGAGAAGAAGACCAGUCCCAAGCCCAGGAAGAGCUACAGCUGCCUGGACUGUGGGAAGGAGUUCCCAUGUCCGUCUAAACUACAACGACACCUUCUGACUCACACAGGAGAGAGGCCCUGCUUCUGUUCUGACUGUGGGAAGAGUUUCACUCGGGAGGAACAUCUGAAGACACACCAGCGGUUCCACUGUUCUAAUGGGGAGGGCAGUCCCUCUAUAUCGGGAGAUCCUGAACAGGCAAAGAACUGCUGCCUGGAAUGUGGAAGAGAGUUCUCUAGCGCUUACAAACUACGCAGACACCUGCUGACACACACGGGAGAAAAACCUCACUCUUGCUCCGUGUGUGGGAAGAGUUAUACUUAUCUACACACCUUGAAAUCACAUGAGCUGAAACACACCGGGGAGAAGUCUUACAAAUGUUCCGUGUGUGAGAAGAGCUUCAACCAAAAGGGAAAUUUGAACCAACACAUGCUAGUGCACACUGGUGAGAAACCUUUCUCCUGCUCUGUCUGUGGCAAGUGCUUCACCCAGAAAGCCAACCUGACUGCCCACCAGCUCUCCCACACAGGAGAGAAGCCUUUCUCCUGUUCCGUCUGUAGGAAGGGCUUCACUCAGAAAGCAUAUCUUAAACAACACCAGAAACUGCACACUGGAGAGAAGCCGUACGCCUGCUCCGAGUGUGACAAGAGGUUCACCUUCUGUACAUCCUUGAAAAGACACCAGCUGCAACACACAGGAGAGAAACCGGACUCGCUAAGUUGUAAAGAAAUACACCAGCAAUCGCACUGCAAAAAGUCGAGGAGAGUCUCUCUGCAUCAGCAGCAGAACCUGAACAACACCAGGAGAAUCACAAAACUAAGACGUCGUCUCACUGCUGCUCAGAAUGUGGGAAACAUUUUAAAAAUUCAUCGUCUCUACAGACCCACAUGAGAAUCCACACGGGAAAGAAGCCAUACCCCUGCCCCGACUGUGGGAAGAAUUUUGCUACAAAAGGAAGUUUGAAUUUGCACCAGAGGUCACACACAACAGAAGCAGAGAAACCCGUCCACUGUGAGAAGGAGAACACAUCACAGGGGCAGCAGAUGGUAUCUGAUAACUUACAGGACCUCUGUCAAACACUGGGGCUGAAGGCUAAAGUCGAAGAGGAGGAGGAAGAGGAGAAGGAAGAGGAGGAGGAGGAUGGAGAAGGGCCGACGGAUAAUGCAGAGGAAGUUGGAGGGCUGAUUAAUUCUGAUGGAGAAGAAGUUGACUGGGGUUCUGUUCAACAUAGUAAGUGGAGGCAGAACUCUGUUCUUUAGUUGACUGGGGUUCUGUUCAACAUAGUAAGUGGAGGUAGAACUCUGUUCUUUAGUUGACUGGGGUUCUGUUCAACAUAGUAAGUGG